UCCCUCCGGCGACCUCCGCUGGCCCUUUCCAGCUGCGCGGUCUCUCCGACGCAAGACUGUCCCAGCCCGGAUAUGGCUCGUGGGCAGCAGAAGAUCCAGUCUCAGCAGAAAAAUGCCAAAAAUCAAGCUGGACAAAAGAAGAAACAAGGACAUGACCAAAAGGCUGCUGCCAAAGCUGCUUUAAUAUAUACCUGCACUGUCUGUAGGACACAAAUGCCAGACCCUAAGACCUUCAAGCAGCACUUUGAGAGCAAACAUCCUAAGACUCCACUUCCUCCAGAAUUGGCUGAUGUUCAAGCAUAAAGUCGUUUACAGGUGAAUUCAUGACACCUUUGACUCUUCUACUGUCUCAGACCUUAGGUAACAAACCUGCAGCUGCUUUUCUAACAAACUGUUGAUCAGCAAAAAUAAAGGGGCUACAGAAACACUC